AUGGCAUUUUCCCACCUAAAACACUGGAUGAAAUGGCUCCCUCUAGCAGAAUGGUGGUACAAUACCAAUUUCCAUACUGCUCUAAAAACUACCCCAUUUGAAGCUGCCUAUGGUUAUGCCCCACCUCAAAUUCCUAUGGGUUCACUACCCCACUCUACUCAUACUCAGGUGGGUGUUUGCCUUGCUCAAAGGCAGAGUCUUUUGCAACAAUUAAAGGACAAUCUAUAUACAGCACAAGCCAGGAUGAAAUUCUUUGCAGAUAAAAAUCGGACUGAUAGAGUUCUACAAGCAGGUGACUGGGUAUAUUUGAAGCUACAGCCCUAUAGGCAAGCUUCUGUGGCAAUUCACAAGAAUCUUAAGUUGAGUGCUAAAUUCUAUGGUCCUUUUCAAAUAUUAGAGAAGAUCGGGUCAGUUGCUUACCGUUAG